UCUGAAUGAUAUGAAGUUAUAAGCAUCUACACUGCUAUAGCGAAGCGCUUCAUUCUAGGUUGUUCCAUAUCGAUACACAGAUAAAGGAGUCUCAUACCGUUGAUGUGCGCGUUCUUACUGUGAAUCAAGUACUACAUUGCAAACUUUUCGACUUCGAAUAUUUACCUCGAACAACUGGAAACGAUGAAGCCUGAAUGAACAACUGAAACAAUAGAAGAUUGAAUUAGUUUUCAGGCACUUUGAAUGUGAGCCUUACAGGGCUUAAAUUGAAGUGAACCGAAGAUUCUUGUGAUUGAAUUUCGGUUCAGUCCUCGACCAGAAAACUGCUGAUGUGUUCGAAGAUUUCUCGGCGAAUGGGAACUCAACUCCUUGUUUUCAUGACAAAAAGAUCUGAGCAUAAGUAGUACAUCAAACCGGUAUUCAAGUACUGUUCAUUUUCUGACGAGUCUAUAUUGCUCAGGUGCAUUGAGCAACAAUUUUCUAGCGUUAGUACAAUGGGUUGGUGGUUUUUUCCAAAUCGCAACGAUGACCACACAGUACUCGCGAAAUAUCUAAGUGGGGGACCUUACGGACUCGGGGACCCCAAUGAUAAGAGUUUGCGAAAGGUUGAAAAAGAAAUUCUAAUUCCUAAAUUGAUGCGUGAUCGGACGAAAGCGGAAAAGUGCGCAGCUGAGGUAAAGGCAUUUGGCGAAUGUGCUAAACGUGAAGGAUUGUCAGUCGUUUUCAACUGUCGAAGAGAAAAUGACGCCAUGAAGUCCUGCAUGGUAAGGUGGUACACAGACUCCCAGUUCAAGGAAGAGUGUACCCAGCAAUAUUUAGCCGAUCGGACGCAUUAUCGUGAAACUGGUAUCAAAAAGAAGAGAAUGCCAAGAGGGGCCGUAAGGCCUGAUGCAACCCCCGAAGUACCAACGUAAUGAACGGUGCUGCUUAUCCUUACAGGCUUAUUAUAUUAGUUGAAUAAAACUUGACAUUUUAUAAGUAAAAAAAAUAAACGAGGACACUCUACUAAUGUCUCUAGAAAAGCAUUCAUUUUAGUAGAUUCUACAGUGACGUUUUUUUUAAGUGUGCAUUAAAAAAGACUAUUCUUUAAAGUAUUUAACGUAAAAUUAGUUGUGCAAAAUCAGUAAGAGGAACAAAUACAAACCAGGAAUG